GACCGGAGAGAGGGAGGGAGAACCGGAGAGAGGGAGGGAAGACCGGAGAAAGGGAGGGAAGACCGGAGAAAGGGAGGGAGGACCGGGGCGGGAGCCCGGCCCCGCCCGCCGCGCCGCACCUGAGCGAUCAGCGGCGGCUCCGCGCCGGCCUUGGUCCUGGCCCUGGUCCCGGCCCCCUCCGCCGCCCGCCCAUGGCUCGGCCGUUGCCGUUGCUGCUCUGCCUGGCCGUGCUGGGCGCCGGCUGCCGGGCAGAGUCUCCCCCCACCGGUACGGCCGGGCCCUCCGCCGAGCCGCUGCAGGACGAGGCGGACAACCAGGAGAACAUCCUCUCCCAGCUCUUAGGUGACUACGACAAGGUGAAAGCUGUGUCUGAAGGCUCCGACUGUCGGUGUAAAUGCCUGGUCAGACCCCUGGGCCGUGGUGCCUGCCAAAGGAUUAACGAAGGCGCUUUCAGAGCAGAGGACUUUUACACGGUGGAAACUAUCACAUCAGGACCCAGCUGCAAGUGUGCGUGCGUGGCCCCCCCCUCGGCCCUCAACCCUUGUGAGGGGGACUUCAGGCUGAAGAAGCUGCGGGAGGCAGAGAGCAGCGACCUGAAGCUGUCCUCCAUUGUCGAGAUGCUGGAAAGUGCCUUUUAUGGCCUGGACCUUCUGAAACUGCACUCAGUCACAACCAAACUUGUGGGUCGGGUGGAAAAGCUCGAGGAGGGCAUGUCCAGGAACUUCUCGCAGGAAGCCAACCAGGCGGGAGCCAGUGUGGAGGAGGAUCCGCACCGCAGGGACAGGGAGAACUGCUCCCGCCUCAUCACCAACAGCCUUGCUGACAUUGAGAGCUCGCUGCAGCGGGACGCUGAGGCUGCCUAUAUGCACACAGAGGGCAGGUACGAAGAAAGAUUCCUGAAAGAUGAAACCAUCUCCCAGCAGAUCAACUCUGUUGAGUCCCUCCCGGAGCUGCACCUCUCUCCAGAGGAUGAGAAGCCCAAGCAGCUCUUGCAGAGGAAGCUGCAUGUGAGGAGCCGGCCUCCUUCCAAGCCCACCAUCGUCCGAGGGGUCACCUACUACAAAGCUCAGUCCACCGAGUCAGAGAACGACAUCGAGGAGCAACCAGACGAGCUGUUCAGCGGGGACAACACGGUGGACCUGCUGAUCGAGGACCAGCUCCUGAGGCCCAGCCCCAGGGCUGGCAAGGGCAUGAGGAAGCCCUCCCCGGUGGGAUGGCCACCCAUGCCUGGCAGCGACGCCACCACCCCGCCAGCUGCCGACACUGCCGCCACGGCCACCGUGCCUCUGUCCCCUGCCACCUCCAUGGGCCCCACCCUGGACCCCACUGCUGUGAGCCGGCUGACCCCCACCCCAGAGACCACGACUGCCCUGCUGGGGCUGGCAGAGGAGGGGACCUCACAGCUACCAGCAGCCUUGGCCAGCACAGUGAUGGCCACAGCCACAGAGAGCAUGGCCACAGCUACGGAGAGCCUGCCCACAGCCACCACUGCUGUCCCCAGCCCUGCCAUGGCCACGACUGCUGGGACCUUGAGGGACAUGACAAUGAGCCCUUCCCUGGAGAGCAGCCCAGGAGCGUGGGAACAGGCGAGCACCCCUGCCACACCAGUCAGCCCCACCAUCCCUGCCACACCAAAGCAGGCACUGGAGGAGGAGGACAUCAGGAACAUAAUUGGGCGCUGCAAGGACACGCUGUCCACCAUCUCAGGGCCCACCACCCAGAACACCUAUGGACGCAACGAGGGGGCCUGGAUGAAGGACCCCCUGGCCAGGGAGGAGCGGAUCUACGUCACCAACUACUACUACGGUAACACGCUGGUGGAGUUCAGGAACCUGGACAACUUCAAGCAAGGUCGCUGGAGCAACUCCUACAAGCUCCCAUACAGCUGGAUUGGGACAGGACACGUUGUCUACAAUGGUUCCUUCUACUACAACCGAGCCUUCACACGCAACAUCAUCAAAUACGACCUUAAGCAGCGGUACGUGGCCGCCUGGGCCAUGCUGCACGACGUGGCCUAUGAGGAGUCCACCCCGUGGCGGUGGCGAGGCCAUUCGGACGUGGACUUUGCUGUAGAUGAGAACGGCCUGUGGAUCAUCUACCCGGCCAUCAGCUAUGAGGGCUUCAACCAGGAGGUGAUUGUGCUGAGCAAGCUGAACGCAGCCGACCUCAGCACCCAGAAGGAGACAACGUGGCGGACGGGGCUGCGGAAGAACUUCUACGGGAACUGCUUUGUCAUCUGCGGGGUCCUGUAUGCAGUUGACAGCUACAACAAGAGGAAUGCCAACAUCUCCUAUGCCUUUGACACACAUACCAACACACAGAUCAUCCCUCGGCUGCUCUUUGAGAAUGAGUAUGCCUACACCACGCAGAUAGACUAUAACCCUAAGGAUCGCCUGCUCUAUGCCUGGGACAAUGGGCAUCAAGUCACCUACCAUGUCAUCUUUGCCUACUGAGACCCACCCUGCCACAGUGGGGCACUGCAAGCCAGGGGCCACCAGCACCUUUUAUUAUUAUUUUUAUUGUUAUUUUGUACAAAUCAAAGAGUAAAUGAUACGUUUUGUUUCAAGCUCUUUUUUUAUGGUGGAUUGUAGAUCAAUCCCCACGCCAGAACCCCCCCCUUUGUUUUUGCUGUAACUUUACUUUUUUUCCUUCCCGUGGGGAGGGUUUUGGAGGGCAGACCUGGCUCUCCCGCCUGUAGAGGAGGAGGUGGCUGAGAUGCUGCUCUCCUGAUGAGGUUUUUAGCCAAAGAUGGUCAGCAGGAGCCCCAGAACCUGGUGCGAAGCUGGCCUUUCUGCUGCAGGCACCAGAUCGCAGCAGGAUACUGAUGUCCGUCUGCCCUGAUGGAGGGCGUGCGUGUCCCAUGGGGAUGUCCCAUCUCUCAGGACCAUCAUCACAGCCGAUGGCCAGCAGGCCCUUCGGAGAUCCUGCUGUACAAUGGGGCUGAGAGUGCAGCUCUGGCAGCCCCUGGUGCUGGCACUUAUGCUGAGGACUGUCCCCUCUGGCCGCAACUCUGCCCUUUGCAACCUGCUCUGGGAGGCUGGGCACACCCCCAGCCCUGACUCCCAUCUGGGGCUAUCUGGCAGCAGGAGGGGGACAUUGUAAAUGCGUGUAGAUGGCUUUUGUUUGUUCAUUUUGUAACCUGAAACAGUCCCCUAUGGCAUUUGCUGGGUGAAGGCUCUGCUCAGCCAGGUGUGGGGUUGCCUGGUCAGGGAGCUGUGGGGCUGGGGGGGCCCUCAGGGCUGGGGGAGCCCUUGCUCCCCAUCCUGCUGCCACUCCAGCUCCUGCUGUGUCUCCUGUUGGCUUUCGGGAACCCCUCGCUGCGGCAUUGCCCCUGUCCUUCACCCAGCAGAAUCUUGUAUUUACCUGCUGUCCAUAAUAAAAGAUCAAGUACCGGUGCA